UCCUCCAACAGAUGAAUGACAUGCAGCUUUUUCUAUAUGUGAAUGUUUGUCUGCGUUUUCUCUGCAAUAGUGUGAUGAUUUGUCCUCAUUGAACAGCAAACGUAGCCACGUUAAAGGGUCAGUUCUGCAACCUUUAAGCACUGAAAAAGCUGUCAAAGGCUGCAGAUAUGGAUCACCACUGGGUGGCCAAAGCCUGGUUAAGUGAUGUGGGUUUGCCUCAGUACUCUCAGGCUUUUCACACCCAUUUGGUAGACGGACGCAUGCUGAACUCUCUGACACGUCGCGACCUUGAACGUCACCUCAACGUCACCAAGAAGUUCCACCAGGUCAGCUUGCUGCUGGGCAUCGAACUGCUGCACUUGCUCAAUUUUGACAAGGAGGCACUCCAGGCUCGCCGGAUACAAUGUGAACACCAGAACAUGGAUCCGCUGGUAUGGACCUCUCAUCGGGUCAUCAAAUGGAUCAGAGAUAUUGACCUCAAGGAGUUUGCUGAAAGCCUCUUAAACAGUGGAGUUCAUGGUGCUGUCUUGGUACUUGACCCGACUUUUAACACUGACGCCAUGGCAACAGUGCUGGGGAUCCCCAACAGCAAGCACAUGGUUCGCAGACACCUUAUUGAGGAGAUGAAAAUCCUGAUUUGUCCAGCCAGGACAGACGCCAAACAGGACUUUGAGCGUUUAGGCCUGGGAACACCACCAACAUUGCUUCGCCAGAACUCCCUGGGCAGGCCGCCCAGCUCUACUAGCCGACACACUGAUGACGAGGGCUCACUGAGAAGGAGGGCUGUCAAGCCUCCAACAGGCUUCAGCCCCAAAGCCCGCAGUGGGCGGGACUUGAGUUGCCAUAGCAGCUAUGGCUCCCUUCCUCGGGAAGGUCGAGACCAGACUCCGCCCAGAACCGAGGGGAGCCCGAUCCGCGGUUACACCAGCAUCGAGGUCACCAAUGUGUGAGGUCAUCAGAGACGUCAGCGUCAUCACAGCUACGAUCUACGUCAUGGACAUUUGUCUUCUAUGUGUACCUGAACAUGAGAUGGUUAUGUUUUUGUAAAGAUGAGCCUUUACAGGACAGAUUGCACUUUUUUAAAGGGACAGGUUUCUUUUUUAUAAGUUUCCUGGUUUAAGGAAAACUGUGUCAGAGUCGUUGUGGGCAAGUGGUGUUUUGAUUGUUUUGAGGGCAGUCGUUUCUAUUCCCCAACGCCAGAAUCAUGAGAUGAAGGACUGAAGCUAAAUGAUUAUUUUUCUAUUUCUUUGUGUGAACGGUUCUUUGUGAACCAGGCAGGAUGUGACUUGGGCAGUUUGUUUUUGUUGACUAAGUGACAAGCAGUCUGUUUACCUGAAGGAAAUGAGAUUUUAAAAUAAGAUAGUUUGUAUUAUACAGGGUACUUGAAGACAAAAUGAAAAAAAGUUUCAUAUCAGUGUCAAUUGUUCUUGUUUCAUUCAGUUCUCUUUAAAUUUCUGCUGUUUUCGUGAUGCCUUGCCAAUGUAGCUAAGGACAAUUAACAAAAAAAAAAAAAAGACUUGAAUUGAGUUUUAAAUUCUAGAGUAUAUGUUUGAUAGUCAUUUUUCAUCUUGCACAUUUACACUGUUGUGUCUAAACAAAGGUAGCACCCUCUUCAGAUGUUUUAUACUGUGCAGUGAACAUGGAAAAAGAUUUGGACAAAGCCAACAAAAGAUGACUGCAGAGCUGUACGUCCGUGGAAGCCUGUGGGCUAAAAAGUGUGAGGAUGCAAAUAUGUGAAAUGGUAAGACUGUUCCUUUUAAUGAAAUAAAAGAAAUGAAAUAAAAUCUUAUGAUUA